UCAAUUUCUUUUCCUCUUAAUAUCUGCUCAUUUUCUUCUCUUCUCUUUCUUAAUAUUCUCUCUCCAAGUACACUUUAAUAAUUGUACUUUGUACACUCUCUAUAAUACCACUGUACAGUCCUGACACACGCCGAUUGACCACCUCUCCUCUUUCCCUCUCUACGAAUAUCACCUUCCACAAUGGCCGCAAACGCAAUUCCCUCGCGCCUCAGAGCUCCUGCCAAUGAGGCUUCCCAGGGUGGCUUUGGCAAGCACCACGGAAAGUCCCAGUCGCACAUGUCUACUCCCGUCGCCAUCGUUUACUGCUCGCAUUCAUUACUUCUGUACCAACUGUUACCUGUCUAUUUACUCUCAUUUCGAGACGCUUUCGAGAAUGCCUCCACCAGCGUGGCCGCUUCGCAGAUGCGUAACGCCCUGAACGCCCUCUCCGAGACCGUCCCCGAUCCCCAGGAGAAGAAGCGUUUCGAGGCUGAGACGGACAACUUCUUUGCUCUCUUCCGUCGUUUCCUCAAUGACAAGGCCAAGGGCAACGCCGUCAACUGGGACCGCAUCGCCCCGCCUCAACCCUCUCAGGUUGUCGACUACAACGAGUUGGGCAACGAGGCCUCGGUUGAGUUCCUCAACAAGCUGGCUGUUGUCAAGCUGAACGGUGGUCUCGGUACCUCGAUGGGUUGCGUCGGCCCCAAGUCAGUCAUUGAGGUCCGUGAGGGCAUGUCCUUCCUUGACUUGUCCGUGCGUCAGAUCGAGUACCUGAACCGCACCUACGAUGUCAACGUUCCCUUCGUUCUCAUGAACUCCUUCAACACCGACCAGGACACCCAGUCCAUCAUCAAGAAGUACCAGGGUCACAACGUCGACAUCAUCACCUUCAACCAGUCCCGCUACCCCCGUAUCGUCAAGGACUCGCUCCUGCCCGCUCCCAAGAGCUUCGACGCUCCCCUGCAGGACUGGUACCCCCCUGGCCACGGUGACGUCUUUGAGUCGCUCUACAACUCGGGCACCCUCGACAAGCUCCUUGAGCGUGGCGUCGAGUACAUUUUCCUGUCCAACGCGGACAACCUUGGUGCCGUCGUUGACCUCCGUAUCCUGCAGCACAUGGCCGACACCGGCUCGGAGUACAUCAUGGAGUUGACCGACAAGACGAAGGCUGACGUCAAGGGUGGUACCAUCAUCGACUACGAGGGUAAGGCUCGUCUCCUGGAAAUCGCCCAGGUUCCCAAGGAGCACGUCAACGAGUUCAAGUCCAUCAAGAAGUUCAAGUACUUCAACACCAACAACAUCUGGAUGAACCUCCGUGCCAUCAAGCGUGUUGUUGAGGAGAACGAGCUUGAGAUGGAGAUCAUUGCCAACGAGAAGUCCAUCCCUGCCGACAAGAAGGGUGAGGCCGACCAGGCCAUCUACCAGCUCGAGACCGCCGUCGGUGCUGCCAUCCGUCACUUCAAGAAUGCCCACGGUGUCAACGUGCCCCGUCGUCGCUUCUUGCCCGUCAAGACCUGCUCCGACCUCUUGCUCGUCAAGUCGGACCUCUACCGUCUCGAGCACGGUCAGCUUCUCAUGGACCCUAACCGCUUCGGUGGUGUGCCUGUGAUCAAGCUCGGAUCCGACUUCAAGAAGGUCUCGGACUUCCAGAAGCGUAUCCCCAGCAUUCCUCGCAUUGUAGAGCUGGACCACUUGACCAUCACCGGUGCCGUCAACCUGGGUCGCAACGUCACCUUGAAGGGUACUGUCAUCAUUGUGGCCUCGGAGAGCAGCACAAUAGACAUUCCUCCUGGCUCGGUUCUUGAAAACUGUGUUGUUCAGGGAAGCUUGAGAAUUCUGGAGCACUAAGGGAGUCUCGUCUUUUAUCAUUUCUUUUAUCUGUUCUUCCCCACCACUUGUUAUUGUGUUUUUUUUUUUUUAAACCCCGUUUAAUGUCUUUUUCCUUGCACAGGCCUCAAUCCCGACAGGGACGGUCUUUUUCUGCAUUGAGGCGAUGGGUAUGCCCUGAAUUUGGGUUGGUCUACUAGUUUUAUCAUGGGGAUAUCUCUGGAUGUCAAGGAGGCGCCAUGGUGGUCAUGGGCUCCUGUAGGUAGUGUUAUGUAUCUGGCGUGUCGUUAGUCACUUUAAUUCAGCCUUGGUACACUAUUUCAA